GAGAGCUAAAACUACAACAAAGAAGAAAUUAUUAUGAAAUCAUAUCCAUGAUUCAUCAAAAAGUACUUAUAACCACGUUCAAGCAAAUUAAUUUCAGAAAGAUCAAAGCUUUCUCCGGAAAGAACAAAGCUUGAACGGAGGAAAACUGAGCUUUCAAAGAAGACAGGUGGUAGUUUGAUUUCUUCUCUGCAUUCUGAGAUUAUGGAGAAAUCGUCGUCUGAAUGCGAACUUCCCUCUCCUCCUUUGGACGUAAAGCUUUUGUGCUCGAAGGUUUCUUUCAUGGGGUGGAAGCUGGCGAGCAACAAAUACAAGACAUGGGUUGCAAAGAUGGCUGCAUCGCAUAAAGGCAUCUGGGAAAAAGCAGGAAUCUUUGAAGCAAUCAUGGCUUCGACAUACAGAAUCUGGAAAAACGAAGAUCUGAUUUUUGCUGUUGCUGAAAGAUGGUGUCCUGACACCAAAGCUUUCGUCUUUCCAUUUGGGGAAGCGACUGUAACUGUUGAAGAUGUGAAGAUGCUUCUGGGUUUCUCUGUUUCUGGCUCCCCUGUUUUCUCUUCUCUCGAAAGCUCCGAGAUGAGAGAGACGAAGGAGAAGAUAGAGAGAGAGAUGCUGAAGAUCAAGAGAGAUGGAGGGCUUGUAAACCAGGUCUCAUGGAUGCUAAGAUUCAUGGACAGGAAUCAUCAACUUGAGCAUGAGGCUUUUCUUGUCUUGUGGCUUAACAACUUCGUUUUCCCCUGUCCUAACCGGAUUUUCUCGAGAAACGUUAUACCAAUCGCUGUCCAUCUUGCCAGAGGUACCAAGAUAGCUCUUGCUCCUGCUGUUCUUGAAUCCUUGUAUCAAGAUUUGGAUUCGUUGAAACAACAUAUUCAGUGCCUAUCCAACUCAGAUUGUGCUCAUUAUUUCUCGGCGCUUACUCUGAGAUCUUUGUUUAGCUUAGUCCAGGUCUGGGCAUGGGAAAGAUUCAGUAAACUGGGGUUGAAACCUAAGAUGUCCCGAGAUGGUGAGCCUAGAUUGGCUCGGUGGCACAAUCUGAAACAGAGUUCGAAGAACUUUAAGCAAAUUCUGGCUAGCUCGGGGACAGACAGUUUUGAAUGGUAUCCCUAUGGUGACAAAGCAUCUGCCAAAGAACUGCCUCUGAGUUCUGUGUAUCAGAAGGAAACCGUAAACGAUGGUCUUGCUUUUCUAAGAGUUUUCCCGAAAGCCAAAAGGUCUAAGCAAAGCGAACAUGUUAAUGAAUCGGUAAGCAGAAGAACGAAGCAUGGGGAGGAAAAUUUCUCUUUAGAAACACUUCAGGAGGUGGCUUCUUUAGGCUAUAAUAACGAAGAACCAUCUGAAAUACGGAAAACGAGUGAGGAAAGUGAUGAAGUUGCAAGUGGAGGGAAGGAGAUUAUGCCCAGGAAUCCAUCUGAUGAAUCAAAGAUGCAGGGAAAUGUAGAAGAUGGCAUUGAGGGAACAGAGUGUUGGCUUCAUGGGGAUGGCCUUGAAACCCGAGAAACACUGAAAUCGAGUGAGGAAAAUGAUAAACUUGCAAGUAAAGGGAAGAAUACUAUGUCCGAGAAUCCAUCUGAUGAAUCAAACAUGCAGGGCAAUGUAGAAAAUGGCACUCAGGAAACAGAUCAGUGUUUGCUUCAUGGGGAUGGCCUUGAAACCCGAGAAACGUUGAAAUCUAAUGAGAAAUUCAAUGACGGUGUUGAGAGAGAGGAUAAUAGUGGUGAUGGAAGGGUGGUUAGUAAGCAAGUGAACACCGACCAGAGAUUUGAGCAGAAGAAGCAUUCGGUAGCGAUACCAGGUUUGGAGCUCGAGAUGCGUGUUCUUGAGCUGAAGAAGAUUUUGGCAGAGAUAAAAGAAUGGCAGACCAGAAAGAGGAGCAAAGAAGGAGGAGUUUCAGCUCGGUUUUAGCUUUAUUUGUCCAAAUCAAAGAACAAAGUCAUAGUCAAUCACCCUUUUGCAAAAUCAGUUGUUCCUGUCUCUAACCAGCCUUAGUAGACUGCCAUGUAUAUCCGUUUCUUCGCAUAUCCAGAAGUCGGUAGUUAUAAGCUAAAAGCUUUUUGUUUUGUGUCUCUCGAGUUCCUGCAUGACAUCCUCUCACCGUAAGAUGCAGGAAAGGAGUUGAAAUUUGUCUGUUUCCGACAAGAUUUAGUGCCAACCCAGAGCUUGAAAAUGUUGUCUGUGAAGCCAAAAAAGCGGAUCAGAAGCUGCAGAACUAAAAGAACAAACCAUGGAUGAAAGACAAAUGAAUACAUAUGAAUUAGUGUUACAAAUUAGCUAACUUUAUUGGUGGGUUUUGACCAAUGACGCAGCUUCACAUGAACGAAAAGAAGAUUUUAUUCUCUAGUCUGGAAGACGAUGAUGCAUUCAUUUCUAAAACUGAGAAUAAUUUACCUUUUGAAAAGGACAUUCAUGGACUUAGCAGUAACAGACAAGUUAAGUGUUGGAAACGGGCAAGCUUACAACAUCAAGAUUCUUUGUUAC